GGUAAUUUGAAUCCAUUUUACUGUAUGUAUUUUGGCUGGUGAUAAUAACAUUUCUAUCAAUGGUCAGGUUCAGAGGCUAUAAAGAUCAGGAUCAUGAAACGAGUAUUUCACAUUCUCACAUUAUGGAAGGAAAUUCUCGAACACUUCCUUUUACCAUAAGAUUCGUUGGUCUACUUGGGAGUCAUUCUCUUGGUAGAAAUCCAAAGUUUAUGGCUACUGCGGUAGCUUUAGGAAGAGAGUUGAUAAGGCGAAAGAUUAAACUUGCCUAUGGAGGAGGUAGUGUUGGUCUUCAAAGAGCUGUUGCUUCAACAGUCUUUACCAAUGGUGGCCUCGUUAGAGGUUUCAUUCCUGGGUACAUAGCAACACGAGGUGUCUACGGACCUACUUACGGUGUAGAGCAUACAGUUUCCAGCAACUAUUACAAGUAUUUCGAGAUGAAUCACGCCGUGGAAGCUUUCAUCAUUCUUCCCGGAGGAGUUGACACUAUGGAAGGUUUGUUCACCUUGAUUUCAUGGGCUUCUGAAGGAUUACACAAUAGACCCAUUGGUCUUUUGAAUAUUGAUGGUUAUUUCAAUAACCUAAUCAAAUUUCUAGACGAAGCGGUGAGGCAGAACUUCAUGGCUUCUAGUCAGAGAAAACUUUUUAUUUCUUCUUUCUUUGUUGAUGUUUCUGAUUCUCUUCCCAGUGAGAAUGACUUCAUUUGUGGAGAUGUUCUUGAGAGAUGCCAUGUCCUUGCAGAAUUCCAAGGAGUAACCUUUAUCAUAAAACUGACUUAUGCUAAGAAGAUAGAGGUUGUCUACUGGGAAGAAUAUGUUAAUCCUUUGCUUUGUCUGUUGUCUAUCUUUGCAAAUCAACCAAAGUAUAACUUUAUGUUUGGGGAUAGUGAAUUUGUUCCAAACCUAUCUUGCCCAGAUAGGACAUAUGCCGAGGAUAUAAAAGCACUCAGAUUGGUUACUGCAAUAAAAACUCCAUAUCUACCUGACGGAAGAUUUGAUCUUGAGGCCUAUGAUGCCUUAGUGAACAUGCAGAUUGAGAGUGGUGUUGAAGGGGUAAUCGUUGGUGGCACAACCGGUGAAGGUCAAUUGAUGAGCUGGGAUGAGCACAUCAUGCUCAUUGGCCACACCGUCAACUGCUUUGGUGGGUCCAUCAAAGUCAUUGGGAACACAGGAAGCAACUCAACCAGGGAAGCGAUCCAUGCCACAGAGCAAGGCUUUGCUGUUGGGAUGCAUGCAGCCCUUCACAUCAAUCCCUACUACGGCAAGACAUCCUUAGAGGGAAUGGUCUCUCACUUUAACGGCGUGCUCCCAAUGGGACCCACAAUCAUCUAUAACGUCCCAUCAAGAACAGGUCAAGACAUUCCACCCAGCGUGAUUCACAAGGUGGCAAAGAGCCCUAACCUGGCAGGUGUGAAAGAGUGUGUUGGGAAUGAUCGUGUGGAGCAGUACACAAGCAGCGGGAUUGCUGUUUGGAGCGGGAAAGACGAUGAAUGCCAUGAUGCGAGGUGGGGUCAUGGUGCGACAGGUGUCAUUUCUGUAGCGAGCAACCUGGUCCCUGGUCUGAUGAGACAACUUAUGUUUGGAGGAAAGAACCCGACACUGAACGCAAAGCUUCUUCCUUUGAUAAAAUGGCUGUUUGAACAACCAAACCCUAUUGGUUUAAAUACAGCCAUGGCACAGCUUGGGGUCGCUAGGCCCAUAUUUCGCCUUCCCUAUGUUCCACUUCCCAAGGCAAAAAGGGAGGAGUUUGUGAAGAUUGUGACCGAUAUUGGCCAAGAAAACUUUAUAGAAGAAAAAGAUGUCCAAGCUCUCGACGAUGAUGAUUUCGUUUUGGUGGGUCGAUAUUAAAGAAGAUUCUGCAGUGUUUUGUUA